AGCUGAGCUGCGAGAGAAGAGAAGAGGCUGUAAAAAAAAAAGUGUUUAAAAACACUCACAGAGCUGAAAACUGACGCGGGCGGACAUGAAGACGGUGUUUGUUACUGUCGGCACGACGAGCUUUGACGAGCUGGUGGAGAGCAUCACGUGUGCAGAGAGCGUGCAGGCUUUAAAGGCUCGUGGGUAUGAGCGUUUGGUUCUUCAGGUUGGAAGAGGAUCUCUUCUUCCAGCUGCUGACAGUUGUCCACAUGUCAGACUCGAGGCUUUUCGAUUCAAAGACUCGAUAGCAGAAGACAUCAGGCAGGCUGACCUUGUCAUCAGCCAUGCAGGGGCAGGAAGUUGUUUGGAGUCACUCUGCGCAGGCAAGCCCCUGCUGGUCGUGGUCAAUGACAAGCUGAUGGACAACCACCAGCUGGAGCUGGCCAGACAGCUACACAUGGACUCCCACUUGUUAUAUUGCACGUGCAGCACCCUGACAGAAACACUCAGGACCAUGGAUCUGUCUGUUCUUCAGCCCUUCUUACCCGGACAGCCGAAGCUUUUUGCAAACUUUCUAGACAAAGCUCUCGGUGUUUAAUUUAUAUAGACACUUGGUUGUUACUUUGUGAUUGUACAGCACAAAACUGACACUAUUGAACGUUUGAGUGUUUCUAUUUUUGUAUGCAAAAAUAAUAUAUGUACUGAAUUCAAAUCCUUUUGUAUGCUGUGAAUUUAAAAAAAAAAAGGUUUUAUAUAUAGGAAAGAACAACUAUCAGCUUGAGGGGUUUAGUUAGAUAAUGCACAGCAGUUCAGAGAGAUGAAGCAAAGGCUGCAGUGGUUCAGUGCAGCAAAAAACACGAGAACCGUGUGGUUUUCAAACCACAGGAACUCCAUUCACAAACUGAGCUAAUCCUCAUCUUUUUAUAAAGUUAUUGCAUUGUGUCUGUGCUGAAGCGUUGACCUCAUCAGUCGACUUUAUUUGCUGAUUUGUAAAUCUGAAGAGACAAUGUGCAAACGCUAUGCUUUAAUGCUAAUUUCUCGUUUUAGACAAACAAUUUAUGGCAUCCACUUUAUGAUGAUGAACCACUUUUAGUCUUUGUGGCAUUAAGACAAAGUGGCAGCCAUUACUAAGAAUAGCUCUUAAAUAGUUUAUCUUAUCAGGAAAUCCUAAUGGUUAUGUAUUCAUCAGUCCAUUAGUAGACUGUGUAGACAGUACACGUCUUAGCAGCUCUAACUCUUUUGUCUUUCCGUUUGUAACCAUGGUGUGAUCGAAGGUUCCUGUAGCCGAGCACAUGCUGGAGGAUUGCAUACAGUAAAAAUGUAAAUAAAAGUUAAAAUUUAUAUUUCACUGAAGGUUUCUGUUAUUAAAUGAAAUCUGAAUAAUCUAA